AUGGUUUUAGGUUGGGUAUGGUGGGUGGGGGGUUGUUGUUUGUGUUUGUUUUGUUGGAGUGUUUUUGGUGGGGGUUUGGUGUGGUUGUUUUUGUUGGUUUGGUUGGUUGUUUUGUUGGGUGUUGUUGGGGGGGAGUUUGGUGGUAGGUGUUGGGGUUGUAUUUGUGGGGGGUUGGGUUUGGGUGGUUGUAUUUGUUGGGUUUGUUUUUGGUGUGUUUGUUGUGAGUUUGUGGUGGUUUUUUUUGUUUGUGUUGGUGGUGUGUGGUGGUUUGGUGGGGGUAUGUUUUGGUGGGGAGUUGUUGGGGUGGUGGGGUGGGGGUGUGUUUGGUGUUUAUUUUUGGUUUAUGGUGGGGGUAAGGUGUGGGUGUUGGAGUUUGGGGGGUUGGGUGUGAGGGGUUGUGGGGUUGGGGGUGUUUUUUGUUUUUUGUUUUUAGGUUGGGUAUGUUUAUUGUUGUUGGUUUUUGGGGGGUAUUUUUUGGUGGGUGUUUUGGGUUGGUGGGUGUGGGAUUUUUUUGUUGGUUUGUUUAGUUGGGUUUGGGAUUUAGUUGGUUUGUUUUAUUGGGGUUUUUGGGUGGUUGGGGUUGUUUUAGGGUGGGGUGUAUUAGUUGGGUAUGUAUGUUGUUUUGUGAUGUGGGUGUUUGGUGUUGGUAGUUUUGGAGGGGGGUUUUUUGGUGUGGUUGUGGGUGGGGUUGAGGGUGUUGGUUGUUUGGUUGGGGUGUGGUUUUUAGGGUGGAUUUUUGGUUGUUGGGUUUGUUUUUUGGUUGGUUUGGGUGUUUGGGUUGUUUGUGGUUGGGUAUGUGGAGUGGUUUGUUUGGGGGGUGUUGGGGGUUUUUUUGGUUGGUUUUUUUGGAGGUGUGGGGUGUUGGGUUGGGGUGGUGUGUGGUGGGUUGUGUGUGGGGGGGUGGUGUUUUGGUGGGGGUGUGGUGGAGGGGGUUUGGUUGGGUGGUUGUGGUGUUGA